GGACAGUGUCUGCAAAGGCACUUGGGGCCAUGGUGAAGGGCAUGGGGGAGUCAUGCUUUGAGGAUUUGCUGCCGUGGUUGAUGGAGACACUGACUUAUGAGCAGAGCUCUGUGGAUCGCUCAGGCGCUGCACAAGGGUUGGCUGAGGUCAUGGCUGGCUUGGGGGUAGAGAAGUUGGAGAAGCUGAUGCCAGAAAUUGUGGCCACAGCCAGCAAAAUGGAUAUUGCGCCCCAUGUCCGAGAUGGCUAUAUCAUGAUGUUUAACUACCUGCCCAUCACCUUCGGGGACAAGUUCACUCCUUACGUGGGGCCCAUCAUCCCCUGUAUCCUCAAAGCUCUUGCUGAUGAGAACGAGUUUGUGCGUGAUACCGCCUUGCGUGCGGGCCAGCGGGUCAUUUCCAUGUAUGCCGAGACAGCCAUCGCCCUGCUGCUGCCUCAGCUGGAGCAAGGCCUCUUUGAUGACCUCUGGAGAAUAAGGUAAGAACUCGGGUGCAAAGACCCCGCAGCCCCGGCUUCGUAUUGGGAACUCUGACUGAGAAACAAUGAGCAGGAUAUUGCCAAGAACUCUCACUGUUCUCCAUACUCUUCCCAUUUUGUACCUCUCCAGUUUCCUGUAACAGGAAAUGUCAUUCUGAUUCUCUUCACAAGUUUUCUUUAUUCUGUCCUUCAGUUUGUCUUAAAAUUUUAAACAUGAAUACUUUUUAAUCUGGAAAUUCUCCUUCUAGGAAUUGAUUCCAAGGACAGAUUUGGGCAAGUGCCUAAGGUUGUGUAGAGAAGGACGUUUGUUGCAGUAGUUUCUCAUUAAAAAAACUGGAGGUUAGUUUAAGAAAAGUUGUAACAUAGCCAUACUGUGAGUUUUUGCUCAGUGAUUACAAAGAAUGGUAUAAGAGAACAGUAUUAGCU